AUGAGGUGUGUGUUGCAUUGCAAGGAGAAAAGGAACUGCCCCGUUGUCUCCGUUCUGUACCUUGGCCCGUCGACCGAACUUCCCUUCCUCCCUCUUCUUUCUUUCCCCCAGUCGUUUUCGCCGCCGACCGCCGCCGCCGCCGUGUUUUAUCGUCAGUCGUCGUCGCCGCGCCCUCGCUUCACGCGUAUUUUCUUCGAUUCUCGACGCUCGUUAGUCCAGCAAGAAGAACCGAACCGCUUCUCCUUCUCAGCCGUCUCCUUCUCCGAGUCCACUCGCUCCUGGUCGGCAUUGACGAGCCGCGCCCGAUCGUUAAUUGUAAAGUAG